AUGAAUCAGAAAGAGCGGGGCUCGAAGAUUGAGCUGGCGUUUACUAUAUACAAUAAUUUGCACGCUUUGUGCGUGCCCAUUUCUAUUUUAAAGACCUUCCUGCUUUGCACAUUGAUCUUUAUUUUUGACUUGUUCUGCAUCAUGAAAGAUAGGAAUAAUCUGGUAGCUGAUGCCAUGGGAGGUAAUAGGAAAAGAAUUGAACCGCUCUCUUGUGAUCAAUGGAAAGAUAAGUCGAAGGCAUGGGCUAUUCUGGAAAUGGCCAAGAUGAUAGGGUAUAUGGGGAGAUUUGUUGGGAAAAAUCCUAUCAUUACCAAAAUUUUCAAGAAGAAUUGGAAAGAUAGAAAAAUUACCAUAGGAGGAAGAAAGGUUGAUACUGAUGGAGGGAUGAUUGCGGAAGUUACUGGCAUGCAAAUGGGAGGCAUAAAGUUUUACAGAGACAAAAAGCUUAUAGAGGGUGCAAUCAACCGAUUCUCAAAGGAGGACUCUGAGAAAACCAAGUUGGUGAAAUCUAGCAAGACCUACUACUUGCCAAAAGUGAUAAAGAAGCUUUCAGAUUCAGAUGAUGAGUCUGAGAACUCAGAAGAUAGUGAAGAUGAGGCAUCUAAUACUGAGUGGGAAGAUGAUGGUGAUAGGAUUACCUCUGGUAAAGGUUCUAGUAAGGGGAAGGAGAAAGAUAUGGCUUCUAGGUCUAGAAAAAAUAAAGAUGGAAAAUGGGUUAAAGGAAAAAGGAGUGAGGAUCCCAAUAAAAGGACAGAUGAUGUUGAAGAAGAUGGGAAGAUAGUGAAGGAAGGUAAUAAUCUGUCUCCCAAUGAUAAAACUACUGGUGUUAACAUGGAGACCUUAGAUAAUACUACCCCUGAGAUCAACAUUCAUAGUGAAAACUCUCCUUUAACCAUGUUGAAUACCGCAAAGAGUGGGAUGAUGGAGUUCUGCAAGAUUAUUGAUUGGGUCUAUUCAAAGAUGGAUAGUUUGAAGAACAAACAAGAGGAUUCAUCUAGGAAAGUGGAUACCUUAGAAGCUAUUGGAACAGGUAAGCUCAAUAUCCUGCCUAACUACCUGGAAGAAUUAACAAAAGCCAUCAACGAUGUAGAGGCUAUUGCUGGUGCAUAUGGAUCUCAAUCUAAGGGUGUGGAGGCUACAUUCAAUGAUUUGGAAAAUCAGGUGGUUCGUGGAGAAUUCGAUUACAGAGCAGCCCUGUCGAAGUCUAUUCUCUUCCUGGAGGCCCAACGAUCUGGUAAACUCCCACAAUCUCAGCGAGUGAAGUGGAGAGGAGAUUCUGGCCUCACAGAUGGGCACUUGCAAAACGUUGAUUUAGUUGGGGGUUACUACGAUGCAGGCGAUAAUGUGAAAUAUGGGCUUCCCAUCGCAUUCACUAUCACCACACUCGCUUGGGGCAUACUGGAUUAUGGGAAAGAGUUGAAAGCUGCAGGAGAGAUUCAGAAUGCAAGGGACGCUAUUAGAUGGGGAACUGACUACUUUAUCAAGGCUAGUGCAACUCCAGAUCAAUUAUGGGUUCAGGUGGGUGAUCCCCAGGCAGACCAUAAUUGUUGGGAGCGUCCAGAAGAUAUGGACACUCCUCGAUCUCUUUACAAGAUUGAUAAAGACACCCCUGGAUCAGAAAUUGCAGCAGAAACGGCCGCAGCCUUGGCUGCCUCCUCCAUUGUUUUCAGAUUCACAAACCCUCGUUACUCACACCUUCUCCUCCAACGUUCUCAAUCGCUCUUCAGUUUUGCCGAUCGAUUCAAGGGCACCUACGGAGGAGAGUGUCCAUUUUAUUGCUCUGUUUCAGGCUACAAUGACGAGCUUCUCUGGGCUGCUUCUUGGCUAUACAGAGCUACGAAAUCCCCAUAUUAUUCUAACUAUAUUAUCCAGCACGACGAUCUAAAGGCAUAUGUUAAUGAAUUCAACUGGGACCUCAAAUAUGCUGGAAUUCAAGUGCUUCUAACAGACUUAUAUUUCCAAGGGGAAGCUCAAUUCUCAGCCUAUAGAAGUCAUGCAGAACGCUUUGUGUGUUCACUUCUUCCUGGCAGUCCCAUUCGUUCUGUUAAAACCACCCCAGGAGGUUUGCUGUAUGUUAGAGAUGGCGCCAACACUCAAUAUGUUACCAGUGCUGCUUUUUUGCUGGCAAGAUACAGUGAUUUACUAUCAGCUAAGAAGCAAACAUUGUCAUGCGGCAACACUCUCUUUAAACCCAGCGACGUUAUGGGCUUCGCAAAGCUACAAAUUGAUUAUUUAUUAGGAAGGAAUCCUCUCGGCAUUUCAUAUAUGGUAGGAUACGGUUCCAAAUACCCAAGGCAACCACAUCACAGAGGAGCAUCUGUAGUUUCCAUUCAUCAACAACCAACGAAGAUCAAAUGCAUUGAAGGUUUCAUGAACUGGUUUCACAAAGAUUCUUCCAAUCCAAACACAUUAAUUGGGGCAAUAGUGGGGGAACCAGAUAAAUAUGACCGUUUUGUAGACCUCAGGACCAAAUCUAGCAUGCUUGAACCUACAACAUACAUAAAUUCUCCUCUCGUGGGUGUUCUUGCAAAAUUGUAUAGAAUGACACGCAAAACUAACAGGCAGUUUUAA